CACUAACAAUUCUUCUCUUGGUUACUACAACUAGUAUGAAUGGGAAAUGACAGAUAUUUCAUCAAUUUUGCAUCAAGAUCAAGAAGAAGAAAAAGCAAGAUGUGAAUGGGAUUUUCAUCUUUCUACUAUUAUUUCAUCUUGUAAUAGUCUUAGUGGAUCUGGUUGUGACACAAUUGGUGUGUUAGAAUUUGACCCUUGUGGUAAUUUCCUAGCUUCCGGUGGUAUUGCUAGGAAAAUUCGAAUUUACGCCGUAAAGUCUCUCUUACAAGAAGGAGAAGAAGGCGAGAGGCGCACCAGUACUGGUGCGCCUCUCUCUUUAGAUCAUGGUAAUGCAUGUGACUUUUUUAUGUGUACUCCGGCGAGACUCGGUAGUUUAAAGUGGAAACCCGGUUUAGGGAGUCGGGUUUUAGGGUCGGGUGAUUACGAUGGAGUGGUUAUGGAGUAUGACCUAGAGAAAAAAAUGCCUGUUUUCGAGCGUGAUGAGCAUGGUGGUAGACGGGUUUGGAGCAUUGACUAUUGUCAUUCGGAUCCGUUUUUGGGUGCAUCCGGAUCCGAUGACGGAACCAUGCAAAUGUGGGACCCGCGGUGCGGAGACAAUGGGAAGUGUUUAGCUAUGGUACAACCUACCAAAGAGUAUAGUACACCCGUGUGUUGCGUGGAAUUUAAUCCGUUCAAAGGUCCAAUCGUAGCCGUUGGAUGCGCUGACCGGAGGGUCUACGCGUACGAUAUGAGGAAAAUGGUUGACCCACUCUUUAUCCUGGACGGACAUCAGAAAGCAGUUACUUACAUUCGAUUUAUUGAUGAACGUACGAUUAUUUCUUCGAGCAUAGAUGGAUGUUUAAAAAUGUGGAAUGCGGAGGACCAAAAGGUCCUCCGCACCUACAAGGGGCAUAAUAAUAGUAGGAGGUUUGUCGGGUUAUCAGUAUGGAAACCGGGCGGAUUAAUUUGUUGUGGGUCGGAAAGUAAUCAAGUUUUUGUCUACGAUAAGAGAUGGGGUGAGCCAAUAUGGGUCUAUGGACGCGAACCCAUAGGUCUAACCGGGCAUGACCAUGGGUUCGUUAGUAGCGUAUGUUGGCAACAAAAGGACGAAAAUCAAUGCACGCUCGUAGCUGGAGAUUCAGAUGGUGUUUUACGAGUUUUUAAUGGCAAGAAGAGAUGAUUGUAUAUUCAGUGACGUACGCAAAAUUUAUUGAAAGAUGAAGUAUUAGGCAAAAUGUGUACUAGCUACUAAUAUUAUUUUUCAUGAGAAGUCAAUCAUGGCCAACACAAGAAGGUAACAUUUUUUCUUUUUCUUUUUAUUUUUCAAUUAUUCUUCUAAUUCUCUAAUUAAUACAUGAAUUAGAGGAAUUGUUGGCCACUUACAUUUGUCUGAAAUAGAUAUAGAGGAUAUGAUUCUAUAGAAAUAUAUCUGAAGAAAAAAAGGGAAAUUUAAAUUGCAAUGCUAUACAUUUUAUUCCUUU